CUUGGUGAAACCCAAAGAAGAGUAAGAGCAGCACAGACGGGAGAGAGCGCAAGAGACAAAGAAGACUGACACACAACACUUUGGAUACUUGUUGCACCUUUUUCUUUUCCUUUUUUUUUUUAAACAACCAGAUGGCCAUUCGUGAACUUGUGCGCGAAUGGCCCGUGAACACACCACAGACGUAAAGUUUGGAAGGGGAGAACUUUUGCUGGAGUGUGUAUUCAUGCACUCUUCUGAUGCACCCACGCGUGAUGACUUCAUGACAUGUUUUCCCGGACUCUGCAAGGUAUUUUUGUCCACUUUAUAGCCUCUGAGGUUUGAUAAUGUGCUACAGGAUGAAAGCUUCAAGUUAACCCACAAGCAUGAGAUGUUGGUGCAGAGCUCUGGCACUGCUCCAGUGGGUGCUGGUGGCCUUGGAUGCUGAGCUUAUUUGCUGGCAGGCCAUCCUGCGCUGCCACGCCGAGCCCGAGUGUGACCUCGCCUAUGGUCAAUACUUGGCUGCAUGUGAGGGCAACCUACGGGGCACGAGGCGCCAGUGUCCCAGCCACUGCAUCAACGCACUGAUCCGCCUCAACCACACCCGCAGCGGGCCGGACCUGGAGAGAUGCGAGUGUGCCCAGGACAGCGAAUGCCUGGGGGCCAAGCACGCCAUCGAGCCAUGUCUACCGCGGCCGUACCCGGAUGACGGAGGCGGGGGGAUCGGCUGCAUGGAAGCCCGCCAACGUUGUGAGGAGAACAGCCACUGCCACGCUUCCCUGGCCGCCUAUUUGUCCUACUGCGGACAGCUGUUCAAUGGACGCAAGUGCUCGGCCAAGUGCAAGGCCACUAUCCAGCAGAUGCUCUACAUCCCCGAUGGGGCGCUGCUCAACCGCUGCGUUUGCGAUGGUGUGGAGAGGCCCUUCUGCGAGGUGGUCAAGGAGAACAUGAGCAAGCUCUGUUCCAUGGGGGACCAGCACGGCGUCAUUUCAGACCAGCCAGAAGUGGACGACACUUAUGAAGACGAGGACUAUGAUGCUAGACAGGAUAGGGACGUCGCCUACAGCGACCGCUCCGCAGCUUCCCGGAGGUUGUCUACAUUUGGGACACUUCUGUUUCUUCCUCUGGGAUGUGUUUGGUUAUGAAAAAGUUGGAUUUAUUCCAGAAUGCAUCAGGAGAGACAACAGUUCCUGCACUUUGAAGCCGAGUCAGCUCAGCGGAAUGAGGGGAUGCUGAUUUCCACCCUUAGGCCUUGCUGUCAACACUUUGGAUUAUUUGGGAUUGUCUUUAAAACUAAGGUUCUUUAACCCACAUUCUCUGCUGACUAGAAUAUUUCAAAUUCCUAAAAACCAAGGUUGACGAGAAGGCAAAUGGUUUUGUUUUUUAUGAUUGAGGAUGUGGGACGUCUCUAUUGGCGUGUCCAACCGUGCUGAGCACUAUGAUAUGGUGUAGAAACCUAGAAAGUUUCAAGAACUGUCAGAUGAACUUCUCCGUUGAUGAAGACUGACUUCUUUACAGUAUGGUGACAUCUUAGUUGAAAGGGCUAGUAACUGCAAAAAAUUCAAAAACGUCCUUUGCAGUCUGUUGAUGUCUUGAAAGCACCAACUUUACUGUCAAGCAGCAUGACGCGGAAACCUUACAAAAAAAAAAAAAAAAAUUCUACACCAGGAUAUGCAGCAGAAACCCUCAUAAAACCCCACUUUGGAUAUUAAAUCCAUGGUACAGAGGAAAUUUCACUUCUUCUGUCUGGUGAGGUUUCAAUUAGGGGUGCAAGCACCCCCUCCGGCAGAAUAUCCCGUAGAAAAGUAUACACAGUGAAGAACUGCAAACCAGACUUACAACGUAAGACAUACUCUUGAGAAAAAAAAAUAUUCAAACUUUGAUUGGAUUCUGAUUUAGGAGUGACACCGAAUCUAGGACUAUGUGUCCAAUGCCUUCUCCCUUGAGACUCAUAGUUCCUAUAUUGUUAUUUAGUCUGGACACUUAGAAAGCGGGAACAACCGAGCAACUUCUCCACCAACUCGCCAUCAUGUGGACGUGGAUUAAUUCAACUUCAUCCAAUCGCCUUUUUCCAACCAGUGCAGAUCACCAAGACCGGUAUGGAAGACAAUGAACUUUGUGAAUUGAUUAUGACCUUGAAGACUUGCCGAGCCAUCACCUUGAAGUCCUUACCAUGGGAAAACUGUAGGCUGACUUUCCAGACUCCUUUUUCCAGGCCAAAAUGAGUUGAAAGGCCUCGUCCACGAGCAUGCGGCUCAUGUCUGUUUGCUCUUGGUGUCCAUGCUACUUGGAGUGUAGCUUUAUUAAGACCUUAAACUAACACUGGGGCUCUUCUGGUCCUGGUCUGUUGACUCUCCUACUUUUGUCACGGUAACCACACUUCAAAUAUUUGCCGGGGACAGGAUCAAGUGCUUAAAUUAACUGAAGCACCACAGUCCCCACAACUUUUGUGCAGGAACUCCCCGGCCCCUUCCUCCCCUGCUCACUCCACCUUCUGUGUGACAUUGUUUUAUAGCGCUUUUCCUCUACGAAUACCAUUUCCUUCCCCUGACUUCACACCUUCAAAUGACACCCUUUUUUUUUUUCCAGUUUUGUUUCUCUACCUUUGUUCCCUCUGGCAUGAGCAUUCAACUAACCUGCACAGAGACCGUACACGUGUCUCUCAUUAUCUAUAAAGAUCAUGACAAAUUGUUGCAGACAACCACAAUGUAACCCAACUGAGAUUCUCCCAUUUUUCCAAGAUAUUAUGUAUGGAUAUGAAUCUUGCAAGUUGUUUCAACAUUGGAUUUAUGAGCAGGGGAGAUGCCAUAACGUUGGAGGAAAAAAAGUGCCGUUUUUGGCCCAGGUGUAUAUCACAAAAUGCGGUCGGCACAUGACACAUUUCUGCAUCAUAUGCUAACUUUACAGCUCAUAAUCAAAUAGGUUCAUUUGGUGUGUGACUUUUUAAUACAUUAUUUACAUCUUGGAAGAAGCUCUAUGAACGUAUCUCUUAGAUUAUUCAAAUCUCAAUGGGGACACUUGAAUUUUAAAUGUUUCAAGUGAACUUUAGAUUGCAUAUUUACUGUGAGUCCUAUAGGAUUCUACUGUACACACCAUAAUCAUCUGAUAUCACACCGCUUAGAUUUUGUUAACCUGCAACAUGCUGAAAAAUGGUCAGAUUAUAGCUAAAAAAAAAAAAGUCAUGCAUCCACUUGAAAUUGUGCCACCAUGAAUUUUGUUUCUUUGCUAAAUGUUAAAUUAUGAAACCAGAAUAUGAAGAAUAAUAUACAUAUUUGACAGUAUUAUAGGAUUAUAUUAUGUGACCUGAAAUAAAAAAGUGUAGCUCAGACGCCAUGAUUGAUAUUGUCCCAACUGUGG